GUUGGAAAAAGGCUUGGCUGGUCUCUGAGUGGCUAUUACCCCUCACUGGAUGUACUGUUGCCAUUCAGCACUCGAUGGGAUAUGCUGAUUCGUGACAGCCUGCGCUUCCUAUACCAGCUGAGGUCAGGGCCCGCAACGAAGAGUCGGAUGAUAUCUAUGGUACGAGCUUCGAUCGCUCACCGCCUGUUAUAUUCUCUUCCCUAGGAUUGUUUGUCAAGUACGGGGGCGAUGUCACGAUCAUCGAGGCCCAGACCCAGAAGAUGGUGUACGAGCGAUUGCAAGGCAAAGUACCCGUGCCCGAGAUCUUUGGCUGGGCGGAGGAUGACGGGCAGAGGUUUAUGUACAUGUCCUUGAUAGAGGGAGUGACUUUGCAAGACAGGUGGCGCGACUUGAUAGAGGACGAGAGGCGCGUCGUUUGUGAAGAACUCAAAGGAAUGGUAAGGGCGCUGCGAGCUUUGAAGCAAGAUAGUCAUGAUCGAUUUGUUGGCGACCUGGGCAAGCAACCCCUGAACGAGAUCUUGACAUCCCACCCAGAUCUCAGAGGACCAUUCGUAGGCUUCAAUGCCGUUCAGCAGUUUCACGACGCCUGCGAUAUCGAGAUUGAUGGCGACAUGCAAAUUGUGUUUUCACACGACGAUCUCGUCCCGCCCAAUGUCGUCUUAUCGCUAGGGCCAAAUCCGAAAGUGGCAGCCAUCAUUGACUGGGGCCAGGCAGGAUGGCUUCCCGCUUGCUGGGAAUACUGCAAGGCAAAGCAGGUGAGGCUCAAUCCGAAGGAUUUCAGUGAUGUUGUCGGCCAUUUUGGAUCCGGUGGACGACGAGACAUACUACCAUCCUUGGCUACGUUUUGUGUUGUCCAAGGGCAUUUAAUUAGCACCUCUUUACUGAAUGAGUGUUCCCUCACAAAUAUGAAGAUGAUUGUGAUGUAGAGCAGAAUGUCGUUCAUUGAUCAUGGAAGGUAGUAAAAGUUACAUGGUGAUCUGACAUGCUGCCCGUGACCGUCUAUACUACCGAUAAAUCCAUCACACAUAGCAGGCAUGUGUCAAGUUGGGAUGUUGACGCAGGGUGGAAGCUCUCAGAGGCCAACUGCAGUUAGGGGUAGAAUGAUGAAUUACUGAAAUC